GUCUUUAAAUUACGGUAUACUCUCCUUGGAAAAAAGUUUAGUCGGAAGAAAGGAAGGAUGACAUCUCCCACCUACCCAGGAAUUUCUCGCCCAUCACUCACCUUCCUCGAAGCAGCCGAGAAAGAAACAAUCGACAAGAAGAACAAAUAACUUUAAGAAACAAAAGAGUGAGGCAUGAAGACCGUUGGAUAAAACAACGAAUAAAUUGCAGACCCUUCGUGUCUUUCGUUUUCCUUUUGUUAUUGAAAACCUCAUCCACCAACAACGUUUGCAAAAUGAACGGAGGAUCUUACGAGAAAAUCCCCACCGUGACACCACUCGACCUCCACACGCCGUCACCGGAAAUGAAAGAAUCGGUGGAAGCCGUGGAGCGGAUCGUACACUAUGACUUCAAGAACAACAAGAAGCUUCUAGAGGAAGCUCUCACCCACCCCUCCUUCCGCACAAGCGACGCCGUUUCGUAUCAGCGGCUGGCGUUCCUCGGCGACGCCGUUCUUGGCCUCGCUGUAAGUAAUUACCUCUUUCAUGCUUACCCUGGAAUUGACCAAGGUGACCUCACUGAGCUACGCUCCGCUAACGUCAGCAAAGAGAGGUUCGCACGUGUCGCUGUGCGACAUGGGCUUUAUACCUACGUUCGCCGCACUGCAACUGCUGCUCUCGAUGAUCAGGUUAGGGAGUUUACUGAAGUUGUAAGCCGAGAAGAGGAGAAGACGCCGGUAUAUAGAGGUUCUGUAGAAGCCUCCAGAGUUCUUGCAGAGAUUGUGGAGUCUGUGGCUGGUGCUAUUUUUAUUGACUUGAAUUUUGAUCUCGAAAAACUUUGGAAGAUUUUUAGGCAUGUUUUGGAGCCUAUAGUUACUAUUGAAGAGUUGCAGCAACAACCUCACCCCGUCACAAAGUUGCAUCAGUUUUGCCAGAAGCACGGGAAGCUUGCCAAGAUCGAGUGCGAGAGAGAUGAGACCAAGAGUACUGCGAAUGUGUAUGUUGAUGGCAUGUUUGUUGCCUCGGGUUCUUCUGAACAGAAAAAAAUUGCUGAGGUCAGUGCUGCUGAGAUGGCUCUGUGUAACUUGAUGCAAUCGAUGUGCACGAAUGAUGCGUCGGUUGAAGAUGCUGCUGGAAUUGAUGGGUCAUUUCCUGUUGAAAGAGCAAGAAAUGAGUUGCAUAAUCUUUGUGCCAAGAAGAAGUGGCCUAAACCAAUUUACACCACCGAGCAUGAAGAAGGUCCUCCACACGUGAAGAAGUUUGUAUCCAAGGUAACUAUAGAUGGUGUGCUAUCUGUAACAGGAGAUGAAAAGUCGAGACAGAAACAUGCGAAGAAUUCUGCUGCUUCUUUGAUGAUCCGCCGUCUGCAAGACUGAUACAUCUAAAGUUGUUAAACAGUCCGAACACAUCAGAAAGGCAAGCCAAUGAACACCGCCAAUUCAACAUGGAAAUUUUACUGUAACAACGCUUGAGCUCUACGCACCACGGCCAUCACCUGAAUGAGUGUUUCAUUUCCGGUAAUGGCGGUGAUACGCAGAGGGUGAGGGGUGUUAAGUUGAAGAAUUUCAUUUUGAAUUGACGCGGUUCACUGUCAAAGACUGAGAGAGUUCUGGAGUCUUAUACAAAUGAUUGGUGGUGUAACUUCAGAUGUAACGGACAAACUAUCCGAGAAGAACCCCCAGUGUUAUAGAGGGAAACUGUUAUGGGUGCUUAUAAGUUUGAAACAUUUGGUUUGUGCUUCUUAUUUAUAGAGGGAAACUGUUACAGGUGCUUGUAAGUUUAAAACAUUUGGUUUGUGUUUCUUAUUCAUGGAUGCUUUGGACCUAUUUGACAUGUUGAUCCUGAUUGGAAGCCAUGAUAAUUCCAUAUUUGGAUAUGUUUGUUAUUGGUUCCGGUAUACAAUCAGACUCAUUUUCUUUA